AUGGCAUUCUCGCAGAAUUCACGGAAUAUCCGACUUGAUGACGGACUGAUCCUUCGGGCUGAAUGCCAAGAUUUCACAGGCGCGUGGAAGGAUGCCGAGUUCCCUUUACGCGAAGUGCUUAGAAGAAGAGGCAACGCUUUAUCGCUCGACACUGGCACUGAUCAGGAUUUCCCGAUCCACGCUUGGCUCGAGGGAACCGUGCUCCACGCGAAUAUGCGCGACGUGGAUCCGAGUGGGGACCUUGCAUCCAAAAGUACAGCCAUCGAUCUAAAUAACUACCUCAAGAUUGAUUUGAACAACUAUCUGAAAAACUCGAAUGGCAAGUUACAUUGGGUCAAUAAAGCCGGCGAGAAUGGUAUGGUCUUUGAGGGAGGGUCAAAAGAAGACUCCAAGAUAUUCCAAUACACACCUUUACCCAAUGCAAAAUCAAUCAGGCUUCUGCGACUCUCUCGCUUCGACAACGAAGGGGAGUUUGUCAAGUGCCAGAUGGAGACAUUCGAACUGGGUCAUCACCCCCCGUUUGCUGCACUGUCCUACACAUGGGGUAGCCCAUUCAGCACGGCAUCACCAGCACUCCAACAGCGUUACGCAGAGCGCAUCAUGAUCCAAUGCAACGGCAAGCGCUUCUCGGUGCAGCGCAACCUGCACGACGCCCUCCUCCGCCUCUCGGCACCCGCAACAUGCAACGACGAGCCGCGGCUGGUGUACGACAAGACGCCUCUCAUCUACUACGCCGAAGUAGGCAACCUGCGGCAGGUGGUGCGGCUGCUGCGCGGGGGCGCCGACGUCGGGGCGCGUGACGCGUUCGGCGAGACGGCGCUGCACUACGCGGCGGGGAACGGGCACGACGACGUCGUGAAAGCGCUCGUGCUGGCCGGCAGCGAUUUGCGCUGGACGAACGGCCGGGGCGACACGCCGCUGAUCGGCGCGGGCCAUUGCCGCCACGGGAACUACAAGAACGUCGAGCGGUUCCUAACGGGCUGGGAGCGCAGGCAUGGUUCCCCGGUGCCGCAGCGGGAGACGGGGUUGAAGAGGCUGCCGGCCGAGGAGGAGUAUUUCUGGAUCGACGCCAUCUGCAUCAACCAGGAGGACAGUGAGGAGAAGGCCGGCCAGGUCGCGAUGAUGGGCGAGAUUUACAAGAUGGCGUCUUCGGUCGUGAUAUGGCUGGGCCCGGAGCGCGAGCAUUAUGCCGACGAAACGAUGGAGGCGCUGCGGGAGAUUUGGAGGUUGGAGGAGGCACGGGUGGACGAAGACGCGAUGGAGAAACUGCUCGAGAAUCCGGCAAGCAUCCUCGAGGCUGAUUCCAAGCAUGCCAGGGUUGCAAAGGAGUGGUUGGAUUCAUUCUUUGAGGAGGCAAAGUUGAAUCUGGUCCAGGGCUGCAACUUGUUCAAGCGAGCCUGGUUCGACCGAGCAUGGACCAUCCAGGAGAUGUGCAUGGCUGGCCAUCUCACUGUGUUGUGUGGCACCGUUGUCAUACCAUGGAGCACAUUUGUCUUGGCUGCCAGCAUCGUUACUGGUUUUCAGCGCUGGCAAUUUGGUAAUGACGGGGUUUACAGGCUUGAAGAGAACCAGGUUCCAGCGGGAUGGGACCGUAUGCGGAACCUCACUUUGGCCGGCAGGUUCCACACAGAGGCAGCAGUCAUCGACAUGGAGCGCACGAGACUACAGUUGAAGAAACAUGGGGGCAAAAUUUCCAUGAUUUCAGCUCUGUCCUUGAGCCGUAAUGCAAAGGCAACAGACGUGCGGGACAAGGUCUUUGCGAUUACACAUGAAGGAAGGCUGAUCGCUCACGGGUACGUGUUCGAUACCGUUGCUGAGACCGCAACUACUUCUUUGCUCGAUGUCGGAGACCAGCUUGAGGGCUUGGUAUCGUCAGUUCUUCUGGUCAUUGCUAUGGUCACAAAAUCGCCUACUGAGAGGCGACGGGCGCUUUUCAAAGCGAUGAUUGAGUAUGAGACAACAGACGGCGAUUUUGAACCCCUCGACAAUCAAAUGCUACAGUGGAUCCUCUGGAAUUCCCUUUUGGAAAUCGUUGACCAUAGAACCACGUACGUGGAAGAUGGUAGAGGAGACAUCACUCGAACGGUGCAGCCAAAGAACGGUAGCUACUGCCUCCGGCCCGACGAGAGGAGGCUCAUGUUACUUGAACUACUAGAACACAUUUUUGCGCACCUAGGCAUUGACGUCGAGAGGAACAAGAUGCUCAAGGAGUGGGCGGACCCGGAGACAUUUCGUGCCGGUAGUGAAAGAUGGAGCCACUUGUACUUCAUCACGGCCUCGACUAUUCCAGCAUGCAGCAGCUUUUUCAGGCGCAAGAGCUUAGAUUCUUCUAGGCGCAUAUUCAGGACCACGGGUACCUGUGUGCUUGGAACAGGCCCCAACCAGGUCACAGCUGGUGACGCUAUAUUUGUUUUGGAGGGGGCUAAUGUGCCAUAUCUGCUGCGUCAAAGCGCACCUGGGGAAUAUCAACUUGUAGGCGAAGCAUACCUUUCGGAGGUCGAUUUCAAGGAUCUGCUAUGUCAGAAGCAAAGGAUGGAGCCUGUCUGUAUCGUCUAG